AUAAAUGCUGCUACAUGAGAACCUGCUGAACAGUCACCAGGUAGAAACAGACAGUUCACCCACCGGAGCCUCACUCUCUGUGAAAAUGGCAAGUGUACCUGGAGGAUACUCUGAUCCCAAACCUGCAACUGACGAAAUUAAGAAAAUUUGUCAUGAGGUGCAGAACCAAGUGGAGGGAAAGACAAACCAGAAAUAUCAUGAUUUUAAACCUGUUACAUACAGAUGCCAGGUUGUGGCUGGAAAAAACUUUCUGGUCAAGAUUCACGCGGGUGCCGAUCAUUACAUCCACGUGAAGCUGUUCCAGGGGCUUCCUUGCAACGGAGGGAAGAUUGCGGUGAAUGGUGUGCAGGAACACCACAAGAAGGACGAUCCCCUGGUGCCGUUCUAACGCGACCACACAGUCUGCUUCUGUAGAACUGAAGCCUCAGAACCAAACUCUGCUGUUUGUUGUUUGCUUCAGUUUUAACGCGUUCAAGCACAAAGUCUACAAUGACAAUCAGGAGCUCCUUGUACUUGUUUAAAAAAGAAAAUUAAAGAAUGGAUUGAAAUAA